AACGGGCAUCAGCGAGCAUCAAGCACUGUGGACAGCCAUCGAUCUACGCGACAAGGUACGUAUAGCUGCUUGGUGAAGCUGCCUGUAGGUAAGGUAUAAGUAAUGCAUUUCAUUGCACCCUCGUCCUGCGCUCUCAGCUCCAUUCUUCUACGCACUCCUUCAAGGCUUUGCACAACUCUUUCGUAGCCGUUACACCCUACCUUUGAGGGCACUGCGAUACAAGGGAAACUUAUCCACCAGCUCAAACGUGUCAAUCCAGGACUCUAUCCCAGCGCCUCAAAGCCAGCCAUUAAUCCUUCCAUAAUGUCCAAUACCAGACGUGGACCCAUCGGCGGGUUCAUGAACCUCAUUGGCACCAGCGUCGGAGCCGCUUCGGAGUACAGCGAACACCGAAAACAACAGAAGCAGCAGCCCUCUGCGCAUGAAGAUGCCCAGCAGCACGAGGACCCAUCAAUAGCCGGACCAUCUAACGCCCGCCAUGAAGGCAUAGCCGCUGACCCGGAUCCUCCGCCAACGUACUCAGCAGCGCGGGGAGACCCAACAGAGCGCUCGCUGGAUCUGGGCGCGCCUACAACACAUGACAGCAAGGCUACUCCUGCUGAGUACCACGACGACGAGGACGAUGACGAAGACGAGUUCUUCGAUGCUGACGACCUCUCCAUCGAAGACGACGAAGAAGACUGGGAUCUCGAUGAAGCGCUCCAGGGUCCUCAUCAUGGCUCGCACAACCCACCGUCCUACCAGGCAAGAGGGAUGCAUCAGGACAACGUUGCAGACCACGUUCGCGAAGUCAUCUCGGUCAACAGAGCAGGUCCUGCGACGCACAGGGCGUAUCAGCCGCUCCCGCUGCCGGUCAUUAUCCCACAACGACGGCCAAGAAAUAAGGAACGAGGCUUCGUGCGUGCUUAUGCUCCGGUACUCGAAGACUGUGGCCUCGACCAGGCCACAUUCCUCAACUUUCUAGACAACUUCCAGAAGUCGGCGAAAGCGUCGCCAGUCUUCGACAUCGUUCGUGUUACAGCGCUCGCUCUGCACGCUAUACCCAGUCCCGCAGCUAUCGCGGCUGCGGUCAUCGUGCGUGAAGGGGCCCGCUUCGGUUCAGCGGUCCAAGGGCGUAGUAGGACCAACGCGUUCCUUGACAGCAUCAAUGAUUCACUGUUCAAACCUCAUGGCCUUUACGCGCUCAUUGUACAGUACAAGUCUGACGCAGACAUGGCUCAGUCGAGUAUCAUUGGGGAUAUUGCCGAAAACAUCGGUGGCCGGUUCGGUAUGCAAGCUGGCACAGCCGACUUGAGCUCUGACCAGGUCGUGGCGAAGUACAAUCGGUCGCUGAAGGACGAAGGUGCCGGCAACUCACGCGGCAUGAUGGACAAGAUGAAUGACAUGCGUCUUGCUUCUGAGACGACACAUGGAGCGGCUGAGCUCCCACAAGCCGCGCCGCUUAUCUUUCCAGACAUUGACAACGCCGUCGCUCGCUUCGGCGCGCAGGAGACAUUGAAGGACAAAGCAAAAGAUGCUCAGGCACUCUUGGCGGAUUAUCUUGAUCGACGUGCGCAGGCCAUGUAUGCACAAGACGAUCCUAGCUCGACUUUGAAAGUGCCCGAAGACCGGCAGACUUUCGCAAGCGGUGUGGCUGAGCCCGACCAUCCUAUGUGGCAGGGCGGGCUUGCAACGAUGGUCAGUGGUGGUGCAAUUGCUCCCAGAACCAUGCGAAGGCGAGAGAGGAUGCAGCGCUGGGGAUUGUUCGGCGGAGACGAGCAAGGUGGUGCAGGGUAUGGCCGGCACGGCGUUCGCGGCGGCCGCCUUGGUGGUGAAGGACCGUUUGCCGGAAGAGGUCCUCCUGCGGCCGGGCGUUUCACUGGCGGAGGUCCUUUCGCUGGUAGGGGCCGUUUCGCUGGCAGGGGCCGUUUUGGUGGUGGAGGCCGUCUAGGUGGAAUGCGCGCCAGUCGCCGCGGACAUGGAGGCCUUAUUCACGGCAUCGUCGGUGCUAUGGCAGGCGCCUCUACGUCCAGAGGCGGUGCGUCGCGCUGGAGAGGACAAAUCAAUGCUCGAGGUGCGGCAGCUACGGCUGGUGGCGGCUUGUGGGACGGUAGAGGAGGUAUGCGCGGUAGAGUAGUCACACGAGGCGGACCACUUGGACCCGUCAAGCGGAUGAUGAGGGAAGAUGUGCUAUAUCUGAUGAUUGUCAACAUGCCGAGCGAGGCAGAUUUGGCUGAAGCGAGGGAGCAAUUGGCGAGAGGAUGACGGAGUGCUCAUCUCCAUCUUGUUGUACCCGACCACAUAGUCAUAGUUCAACCAGCCGCUUGUUAAGUUGUUAAGCAAGUAGUACUAAUCAUUCCGAGCAUUGUGGUCGACAAGUGGUCCGUGCUCAUGCCGUGAACCUUCGUUGCGGCAAUA